CUGGUCUGUCUCAACCCAGUCCGGGUGUGAAGGAGCAUCCUUUGCAGAGCCACACCUCCGCGCCGGGUUACCGCAGCAGCAGCAGCAGCAACAUUAGCAGCAGCGUUGGUGGUUCGAUCAUGUGACUCCUGCAUUUCCGACACAACAAUCCAGCACCGUGUCGGUCUGCAUUCACUCUCCCCUCUCUCCCCCUCCACGCCUCGCUCUCGGUAUGGCGGACGGCGAGAGGUCCCCCUUACUAUCAGACCUGGGAGAAGGUGGUCUCGGCAUCGGUACCGGCGGGGUGUCUCCGGGUUCCGCACCCUACGGCGUCCCCAACAAACCCCAGAGCUUCCCUCCCUUUCCCAGCCCCACUCAGCCCUCAGUGCUCCUCGGGGAAGACCCUCCACCCUACUCCCCUCUCACCUCUCCAGAGAGUGGCAGCGCCCCUGUUAUCAGCUGCAGAGUGUGCCAGAGCCUGAUCUCUGUGGAGGGCAAGAUCCACCAGCAUGUGGUGAAGUGUGGGGUCUGCAAUGAAGCUACGCCCAUUAAGAACGCCCCAGCAGGGAAGAAGUACGUUCGCUGCCCCUGCAACUGUCUGCUCAUCUGCAAAGUCACUUCCCAGAGGAUCGCCUGUCCCCGGCCAUAUUGUAAGAGGAUAAUUAAUCUCGGCCCAGUUCAUCCCGGUCCUGCCAGUCCUGACCCCCAGCCAGUCGGAGCCCGCGUCUCCUGUGGACACUGCAGCAACACCUUCCUGUGGUCAGAGUACACGGACCGGACGCUGGCCAGGUGCCCGCACUGCAGGAAAGUCUCCUCCAUUGGUCAGCGGUAUCCCCGGAGGCGGAGUUUGUGGUGUUUUCUACUCUGCUUGCUUUUCGUCAUCUCCACUGCGGGCCUGAUAGCUGGAACGUGGGUGCAGGCUCAGACCUACCAGGGGAUCUACGCCUCCUGGGCCGUGCUGCUGCUCCUGGUGGUCGUCACCAUGGCUCGGGCCUUCUACUGGGCCUGCAUGAGGGUCAGCCAGCCCCUCCAGAACUUCACAUAGAGCCCCCGUUCAAGCUCCUCUGCACCGUGUUCCUUAUCCGCCAGGCAGGAGGAAAGAUGGCUUUAAAGAAAAGAAAAAAAAACAAACAGAAUAUUUAUUUAAAUCCAACUCCAGACAGAAAGUUCUCCUCCUCCUCCUGUCCCUCCCCUUUUAGUCAAACGUGUUUCUAAGCCUGGACGGCGACGGCUGCGACUGCUAUAUAUCUAUGGGUAAUUAUGAUGAUGCGUAUAGCCUAAUGUACUGUUUAUCUGUUAAUCUCGUGGGCAGUGUGGGGUUCAUUUAAACACCAUGACAUACCUUCUUCUCCUCUCUCCCCCUGUGCUCUUCAUCCAUCUUUUAUUUAGUCUUUGGCACAUCUCUUGCAACUUCUACGCCAAGGGCUGAAAGUUAACUCUCCUUUCAUCCCUAAUUUGACUUAGAGUUUCGUACAAGCAUUUAAACAUUUUUCAAACUUACAAACAAAUUAUUUUUUGAGCGUGUCGAUGAAGUCAGAUUACAAAAAAAAUCGAUGCCAGGAGAAUAUUAGCUCAGCUGGAGGGACACCUGCUUCCUUUCUGUGAAUCGAAAGAUCAAGUGCGUGUUGAAAUGUGUCUGAAAAAUUGAAUUCAGCACUACGUGAAGGUAGGCUAUGAUGUCUCUGAACUCAAUGUUUAUGCUGAAUUAUCCCCUGGGACUGACUUUGAUCCAAAGCAGCUUGAAAGCCUUAAAAGGAGGUGUGGUAGAAGGAUUCAACACACAUGUACACACACACACACACACAUGCACAUAAACAUGACUGCACACCGGCACACAACAAAAGGAGGAUGCUUUUUUUGGAGUUGCAACAGCUCAGAAACCGGUUUGUCAAAGGCACUCAGCCUCUCUCUUCAAAGACAAACUUGCAAACAGAUUCUCUCCGUGCUCUGGUCCGUAGUUCAGCGGGGGAAGCUGUGACAUGCAUGCUGCUCUGCACCAAAGCUGGAUAUUUGAACUGGUCGUAUGAGAGUAAAUGUUCAUGUUUACUUCUUACAAACUUCUUCUGUUAUUGAUUUUCUCAUUAUGCCUUCAUGCAAACUUCAAUAUCUGCUUUACAUUUCAAACAGCUGCUACAAAAUGCAGAAUAAACCUGCCGCCUGUUUUCAAGGCGGCAGGUUUAUGAUUCCUCAUCAGUACGGUUUGACCUCAGCUCAUCUCGCUCUGCUCGGACCGAAACAUGAAACUAACGUCUCCAUACUUACCUCCUCAUACCCUCAAAAUCCAGAGUGCAAGUGUUUUUAGAUGCUGUUUGUGGUUGUAAGUUUUCAUCAAACGCGUCUUUGGAGAGUUGAACUCUCAGCUGAUUCUUUGAAAUCAUCAUAAACACACUACUUGAGGCUUUUACAGACGCUCAGAGCGACCCUGAUGGGCAAAUUCCACCAGAUCCGUGUCCAGUCCGCCCCUAAUCUGUCACAGCACUAGAUCUGAUAAGUUUCUAUUCUAGUCGAUGUGUUAACUUCCACUGGAUCCGCUCUGUUGUGUUACGGCUGCGUCUCUGAUCCGGCAGGUCGGAGCCCUCCAGAUCAGAUACACAAGACUUCUAUUUUUCCCAGAUGCCGGAGCACGACGCUUCAGACUCUUCAACAGAGCAGAUGGAGCGGGACAGGAAGUCAGGUUUCACCAAAACAAAAUGAAAACAUCCGGUUAAUUUUCAGAAUAAAACACUUCAUGUUAUCGUUAGAACGUUUUUAACUUUCAUGAUGAGCGGAGCCAGGCCUGGAGUCAACAGGUCAGAGGUUUUCAGAGGACCAGAAAGACAACAUGGAUGAGGAGAGGAGGAGGAGAAUCCUUGAUUCAGUGAUUACCAUGGGGAAACCUCGGUCACAUGACUCCAGCUGUCCGGCGGUCCUGCUCUGUGCUGCGUUCCGAAGACGCAACCAGUGCGUAUUGACGGACAAGAGAGCACUGAGCCGGACCCUAGCUGAUUGGAGACGGACCGGACACGGAUCUGGUGGAAGUCCCGUGUAACAGUUUGGGAUGUUCAUGCUAAAAGCCAAACAGCAGCUAACGCUCCCCUCUUGGUGUUUGUAUCCGCAGUAGGGACCAGUUGUUUUUGUCGUUGAAGAUGGAGGCUGCAGCUGAGCUUUCUCCCUGCUCGAGUCCAGACAGAGCGUCCCCCUUUAAGGCCAGUGGAGUAUUUGUACAUGAGGAAAGCCUAAUGCCAGUCAGAGUAGGUCAGUAACACACAAACAAACACUACACUCUACAUUCUCACUCUGGAGUCCCACGAUGACUCGUCUGUGGUUCUGAAUGUGGUUACAUUUCUUUUAUGAAUUACAUCUUUUUUUUUGUUUCGAUUGUAAAUAUAUUUGUCGUUUGUGUACAAUGGAAGUGACUAAGCGAAUUAUGUUGCACUCAGUUCUUAACACUACUGCUGUGAUCGCUGCGGACGUUUUAUUCGUUGUUUUUAAGAAGGUUAUUUUUGCAAAUCUUCACCUGUUACAUAUUUAAUGAUUUGUCGAACUACUAACCUAAUAAGCCUCCGGACGCACAGACGUCCAAAUCUUAAUCACAGACACACCGACAUACUCACAUUCCCAAGUGACAACACACACACACACACACGCACCCACACACACAUACACUCAGCACCUUAUACAGUAGUGAGAAACACUGCAUACACUAAGUAGGAUGAGAUGAAGUUACCUUGCUCGGUGGCGUUCAGUCGGUAUGGAAGUGUCAUGUUAUUUAUUAAACACGCUGUGAAAAAGGCCACUGCAACAAAUAAGUCAUCCAUGAAGUCCUGACGUCUGACGUGGAGCGAGAUUGUUUUCCUAACUUCAAGACGAGACCAAAGGCAAUACUUUUUUUUCCAAUGACUGAAAUCAAUUGAAUGAUCUGCUAGAUUAAAGUCACAGACGGUUCGUUAAUUUUUGAGCCUCUGAUGAAAACACGCUUGAAAAGAUUGUAGGACGUGACUUAUUUUGGAUGCAUUUAGACGGAGCAUAAAGACGGUUUUCUGCAAAGACGAAACCAAGACCUUCACCAGCCGACGCAACUUCAAAAGUUGAGCAGAGCAUGAUUGAUUUCUUGAUAUGGGUGAAUUUAUGAAGCAGCUGAAGUCCUGCAAAGAUCAUUUUUUUCUUGUGUGCAUAAGUUACCGUGCACACAAGAAAAAAAACGUGUGCAAGGUAAUGAUGUGUGCACUUCUGCAGGACUUCAGGGGCUCUGAAGGAUUCAGAUAUUCAGAUCAAACAUGUGUUAGCAAGGUCUGUUGCUAUCGUUGGUGAAUUGGGAAUUCAAUGGCAAAAAAUCCACUUUAUGUUUGUUCUGAAUACACCUCUAGUCGACCUUUUUUCUGCAGUAGAGUGAUCAUGUUUUAUCCAUGACUGCAAAUGAAAUGAAUCAUGUUAAUGCCAAUAAUCAAGAACCUGGCUGAUGCUCUUUUCAGAGUUUGUUUACACACAAAUAAAGACAUGAUGAUGUACAAAACAG